AUGGCGAAGCUUCGGGUGGCUUACGAGUACACGGAAGCCGAGGACAAGAGCAUCCGGCUCGGUUUGUUUCUCAUCAUCUCCGGCGUCGUGUCGCUCUUCAUCUUUGGCUUCUGCUGGCUCAGUCCCGCUCUGCAGGAUUUGCAAGCUACGGCGGCCAACUGCACGGUGCUGUCGGUGCAGCAAAUCGGCGAGGUGUUCGAGUGCACCUUCACCUGUGGCGCCGACUGCAGGGGCACCUCGCAGUACCCCUGCGUCCAGGUGUACGUAAAUAACUCCGAGUCCAACUCCAGGGCGCUGCUGCACAGCGACGAGCACCAGCUCCUGACCAACCCCAAGUGCUCCUAUAUCCCUCCCUGUGAGAGAGAAAAUCAGAAGAACUUGGAAAGUGUCAUGACUUGGCAACAGUACUGGAAGGAAGAGAUUGGUUCCCAGCCAUUUACUUGCUAUUUUAAUCAAUAUCAAAGACCAGAUGACGUGCUCCUGCAUCGCACGCAUGAUGAGAUUGUCCUCCUGCAUUGCUUCCUUUGGCCCCUGGUGACAUUUGUGGUGGGCGUUCUCAUUGUGGUCCUGACCAUCUGUGCCAAGAGCCUGGCAGUCAAGGCGGAAGCCAUGAAGAAGCGCAAGUUCUCUUAAAGGGGAGUAGGCUUUUGGAAAGCAAGACACAGAAGCUGCCCUCAUCGGCGCACGGCCACCUGCGGAGCCUGUGUUUCCAGCGCAGGAGAUGGAAGGGUCCGUGAGAGGUUUCCGGGAGGCUCCUCCCUCAAUGGCAGCAGAAACAGGCACAGCUGGAAGACUUGUAACCUCUUGGAUUGUAAUCUGUGUGUGGUAUUGGUAGCUAACUGGUCAAGCUUUUAGCUGUACGAAGUAACCAUUUCAGGAAACCCUAUACGAAGUUAAUUUUCUUUGGAAAAGUACAGUAUAUUAUUUGUACAGUGUAGCAUACAAACCGUUAUGAUUUAUGUUACUUACAAACAUUAAAAUAGAAUGGUCUGUGUUCUUUUUUAAUUUCCUUUUUUAAUGCUUAGAAUACCAGAGUAAAAAAGAACCCUCCAAGUUUCAUUUGAUUCUGCUACAUCGAAGUUUUUCUUAGAGAUGAGGAUUCCUGCAGCAGUCUGGGCCUCACUGUAUAAUCCUCAGUUUCCAUCAUUAAAGAGUACCUUUGGGCACUCCUGUUUGAAAAAGGAAUUCACACUGUUAACUUGGUUUCCAGUCACUUCUGCGACUCUUCAUCAAGGGACCCUCCGAGACUGGAAAAACAUAACCUCCCAUCCUUGCCUUUGCCUAUCCAUUAUUUCUCAGCAGGUUAUUUCUUAACAGAGGGAGAUGAUUCUGACAAGGCCUGUCCUAGCUCCUUUACUCAUCUGUUCAUGUUAUUGUUGAUGGGUCCUAUCUCUGUGCAACAGAAUGUCUGUGAGAAGGACGCUCUUCAGCUUAGUUAAGUUGAUGCUUUAUUUAUUUAUCAGGUCAGAAAAGCAUAUUCAAAAUCAGUUCAAGCAUUCUGCUUUUAUUUUCUUUGUCCUUGCUUUGAUGUUAUCCGUAUGAAAACAGGAAGGUUGCUGCAGUUGUUCCGUUUGCUUAGACCUCCCUGGCAGUGCAGCCCAGCUCCACACUGUGGUUGCAGACGCUUUCUGUGCCUUUAUCCAAAAGUUGGUUAAUGGAGCCAUACUUUUUUGCGUCUCUUCACAAAACCAAAUUCCAGAUAUCAGUCACAGGUUUCAGUGAAUGUUCAGCAUAUCGUUUUUACUUACUAGGUAGAAUCAAAUGUUUUUUAAAUGAAAGAUAAAUUUCUAGUGGAGGAACAACAGACAACUUAAUUUCUUUUUACUUUUUUCUGAUAUCCUCUAGACCUGCUUCUAUUAAAGGAAAAUUGGAAUUUAAGGAUAAGCUCCCUCUGUUAUUUCUACAAGAUUCUAAAAAAGAUACACACUAGUUAAAUGAUGGCUUCCUUUUAGUCCACAUACCAGUGUUGUCAUGAUUUUAAAAUGCAAGUAAUUGAGAAAGUCAUAGACUUCUUUGGAAGGAUGUUGAGUGAAUACAGUCCAUUUUUUUUCUAACUCAAGUGCUUCAGAUGCCACUGUGAAAAGGCCUUGAACACACUAUUUAUGACAUCCUUUGAGGCAGCUAGAGUGCCUUAACUUCAAUCCCAGUUUUCUGUUGCAGCAUCCCAGUUGUCUUAGCAACAUACAGAACCAACCAUUCUGAAGCACACAGUAACACAAAACUGAAAAUCAGAGAAAAUCAUCAUCUUUGCAUCACCUUCUUUUGGAAAAAAUAUGAUCAAAUGAUUAUAGAGACCAGAUAAAACUUAAUGGUGUAUGGACAUACAUAAAAAAAAAAAUACAUAUGUGUUAGAAAAUAGGGUAGUUGAUAUGUAUUGAUCUGAGUUUUCAUUUGUUAGUUUGAAUCGCGUACAAUUACAUUAAGUAAUCCUUCCAUUUAGGCCCAAGGAGUACACACCCUUAUAUUCUGUAGAUUGAUUCUUGGAAAAGAGGAGAAGCACACUGAAUUCAUAUGGUUACAUGCAGUUUUGAGUCUUACUUGCUCACAGCCAGUUAAAUUUGAGGCUCCUUACUCAUGCUUGGAUAAAGGUAAAGCCUAAAAGGAACAGAAGAGGAGCCUUACAAGGCCAUAAUAGUAAAGAAGCUGAAGUUCUUAGCAUUUUAAUUUUCUCCUGGAUCAGUUACAAAAUGGGCUAACAAAGGGACCCCCAAAAUAUGAUUCAAGUAAGCUAGAAGUUUAUUUCUUCCUCAUGUAGCAAUCCACAGGUAGUUGAGAAGUCUCGAGCACUAGGUAAUCAAGAGGCCUAGAAUUUGUCUACCUUGUUCUCUCAUUACUGAGGGUGUUGUUUGUCUCCAUGAUUGAAGGUGACUCAAAGAAGCACAUCCCCUUUCUGGCCCAUGAAAAGAAGAAGUUGGGAACGAACAAUUUCCUUUUAAGAAAGUUUCACCGGUCACUUCUGCUCGUAUUCCACUUAUGAGUACUUACUACAUAUCUAUGCCUAGCUUCAAGGAAGGCUGGGAUGUGUCUCUAGCUUGAUGGAUGUGCCCUACUAAAACUCUGGGGGGAGAGGUUCUAUUACUAAAAGGAGAAAGGGAGACUGAAUACUAGGGUAGGUAACAAGAAUGAGGAACAUCAGUCAGUGGUGCACGCCAUGGUGACAGUCUGCUGAGCAGGAUAGCAAAGAUCCCCUGUCCUGGCAGGAAAUAAGGUCUUCGGCUAAACUUUGAGUCUGCUCUCUGGGGGAAACUUCCUUGUCUGUUGUCCUUUGUAACCCCUCAUUUGACCUCUAGGAAAUUCUCUCUUGCCCAUUAUCCUCCAGGGCUGCAUCUGAAACUUCUUGGGGGCAUGACAGCUUUUGCAGCCCUCUCCCUGCUGGUGCAGCUUUGUAAAUCUAGAAAUUGCCUUAGGGACUGAACAAAUAUAAGCUUUUAUAGGCCAAGAUUGUAGUUUAUUUGGCUGUAAUGAAGAAUUUGACUCCGUUUUUGAUGUUUGACUGCUGACGGCUUACAAGCCUCACCACUCCCCUUUCCCUUAAGCCCUGUAUCUGGGCAAGCUAAAAAGAAAGCCUGAUGCC